CAACAAUGAGGGAAAACAAAGAAAAAACAGUAACUAGUGGGGACGAGGAUGUUACUGCACCCCCAACUGCACCACCAGUCAUCCAAGUGACUUCCGUCCAGGCAGGGAAGAGAAAGUCUAAGUCGACAUCCAGUGCCGUGGACCUGGACGACUUUCCAAGUCGUCGAGGCCCCAAGAAGCAAAAGCCUGGUAUGACUUCUCUUCCCAAGGUUCCCAAGUUUACACCUCCGACGGUGAACCUGGACAACCCUCCGAUGGAUGUGGAGCCCGUCCAAACAAUCCAUCCCGUCCAGACUGAUCCUCCUCCCCCUCCAGCCAAAGCUUCUCGCAAGCCUAAUUCGUCAGAGCCCUCUGAUCGUCCUUCCAAUCUGGUUUUGGACGAGGGCUACGCAUGGAGGACGUUCAAAGGGAUCGUCACUAAGCAUGAAGUUAAUGAAUGUUACAACAUGUCAGUGAGAGAAUUUGAGCGUUCUGGCAUCCAUGACCUUUUUAAGGCUAUGUCAAAAUUUUAUACAGCAACCUGCCAGGCUAAGGAGCUUGCUACAGAGGUUAAGACGGCUAAGGACAAAGCUAAGGAGCUGAACAAUGAAAUUCUACUGAAAAAGGGGGAGGUCCUUAGGUUAACUGAAGAUUUUAAUCGUCUACAAGGAAGUGAGACGAAGCUGAAGAACGAGGUGGAAGAGCUUAAAGCUGAUAAUCUAGAAAAGGAUACUCAUAUCGUCCAUCUUGAAGGACAAGUCUCUGAGUUUGUCUCGUCCUUAGAGAAAGCACGUGAAGAAGCCAUAGCAGCCUUCAAGAAGUCUGACGAGUACAAGAAUCAUCUAGACAGCCACUAUGCAGCUGGCUAUGAGGACUUUCGUGUUGAUGCUAAGGAAACAUAUCCUGAGUUGAACUUUGAUUCUUUCAAGCUUCCCCUCACUAAUGAAAGUUUCUUGUUGCAGACGAGUUCUGAGGACGUCAACAUAAUGGACGAUGCUAACACUGAAGUGACCCAGGACGACCCCAAGACUAGCUUGCCCAAGUGAUUACAUUUUCCUUAGAAAAUUUAUUUUACUUUUAUUUACUUUUAUUUGGGAGUGCCCGUUGUUUUGGGCUUUGUUCUUUACUCCUUUUAUUCAAGUUUAUCCAAGUACAAUUGUCUCGUCCAAGAUUAUGGACGAGUCUUAUAUACAAUCAGUUAUAUUUUCAUAACUUUUAAGGGUUUUUUGGACGUGGGUCGUCCACCCUUUUUUAAAUUCC